ACGUAGCCUCUAGGGCUCAACCCCUAGCCCGCGAGCCUUUGCUCGCGUGGGGGCGCACAACAUCUUAGUUGUCGACCUUGGCUUUCGUUUCCAAAUUUUUGUCGCCUGUUCCGGGCGCUUUUAUCAGAUUGGUUCAGACAGGGUUGGGGUUCAGACAGGCGCUCAGCGCCGAGCUUUGGGUUCGAAGUUCCAUGGCGGCCCGCGGGCGGCUGGUCGCAUGAGUUCUUCGGUGUUGUGUUGUCAGUGGUUUCUGUGUUUGCAGGUAGUGGGUAGCCCUCGUGGUCGCCCUUGGCCCGGCGCAACGGCUGGCGCAUCGGUGCCUCGCCUGUGUGCUCCUCGGCGCCUUUCCUCGUGGCGCCCAGUCAGCCGUCGUCUCUGUCUGCGGUCUUCCUGGCUCUGCAGAUUCUAGCCCUGGGGGUUUUAGCUCGCAGCAUACGGUUCACGGACCGGUAGGCGCGUGGUGACCGCAGUCGGGUAGUCCCGGGUUCGGGGUGUGUGUGCACGGGCGGCUGUUGCCCGGGCGCCCGGGCGACUGUUGGCUCUUCUCGUCUCCGAGUGCCGCUGGGGCUUGUGUGGAGGGUCGGCCUGGGUCGUUGGUUGGACGGAUGGUGGGUGGUGCGCCCUUUGCGAGGGGCUGUGGUGUGCUGUGGCUUGGUGGUGUUUCGGCUAGGCUUCCGGUUCCAGUUGUGCCUCGGCACAGACUAUCAGACAUGGGCCUUCGGGCCAAGACAUUGCGCGUCUCUGACGCCAGCCAUCGUCUUCGGACGUGAUAUUUGUGUGGUGCUUGCGUUUGAUGGGGCUGUCGGCAGACCACUGGCCUGUCGUGCCUUGUUUUGCGUUGGCGCUGCCGCCAAAAGACCUAAACGAGAUGAGGGGUGUUACUUGGCGGUGGGGCUUUGGCGGGCUUCGGCUUGGCUUCGACUCAUGCGCGUAACGCUAUGAAGGUCGGCAGUCAACCAGGGGGUGGGUGUUUCUCUCUGGGCCGGAGACGGUCCCUCGCGGCGUGGGUACAGUGUACCCCCGCUUGUCGGACUGUCCCUUCAAUUGUAAUUCGCAUCCAUCUUAGUUGUCGACCUUGGCUUUCGUUUCCAAAUUUUUGUCGCCUGUUCCGGGCGCUUUUAUCAGUUUGGUUCAGACAGGGUUGGGGUUCAGACAGGCGCUCAGCGCCGAGCUUUGGGUUCGAAGUUCCAUGGCGGCCCGCGGGCGGCUGGUCGCAUGAGUUCUUCGGUGUUGUGUUGUCAGUGGUUUCUGUGUUUGCAGGUAGUGGGUAGCCCUCGUGGUCGCCCUUGGCCCGGCGCAACGGCUGGCGCAUCGGUGCCUCGCCUGUGUGCUCCUCGGCGCCUUUCCUCGUGGCGCCCAGUCAGCCGUCGUCUCUGUCUGCGGUCUUCCUGGCUCUGCAGAUUUUAGCCCUGGGGGUUUUAGCUCGCAGCAUACGGUUCACGGACCGGUAGGCGCGUGGUGACCGCAGUCGGGUAGUCCCGGGUUUGGGGUGUGUGUGCACGGGCGGCUGUUGCCCGGGCGCCCGGGCGACUGUUGGCUCUUCUCGUCUCCGAGUGCCGCUGGGGCUUGUGUGGAGGGUCGGCCUGGGUCGUUGGUUUGACGGAUGGUGGGUGGUGCGCCCUUUGCGAGGGGCUGUGGUGUGCUGUGGCUUGGUGGUGUUUCGGCUUGGCUUCCGGUUCCAGUUGUGCCUCGGCACAGACUAUCAGACAUGGGCCUUCGGGCCAAGACAUUGCGCGUCUCUGACGCCAGCCAUCGUCUUCGGACGUGAUAUUUGUGUGGUGCUUGCGUUUGAUGGGGCUGUCGGCAGACCACUGGCCUGUCGUGCCUUGUUUUGCGUUGGCGCUGCCGCCAAAAGACCUAAACGAGAUGAGGGGUGUUACGUGGCGGUGGGGCUUUGGCGGGCUUCGGCUUGGCUUCGACUCAUGCGCGUAACGCUAUGAAGGUCGGCAGUCAACCAGGGGGUGGGUGUUUCUCUCUGGGCCGGAGACGGUCCCUCGCGGCGUGGGUACGGCGUACCCCCGCUUGUCGGACUGUCCCUUCAAUUGUAAUUCGCAUCCAUAAAGAAGAUCGCAACCAUAACCCGCAUAUCGCAACCAUAAGGACCGACCAACCACGUAGCCUCUAGGGCUCAACCCCUAGCCCGCGAGCCUUUGCUCGCGUGGGGGCGCACAACAUCUUAGUUGUCGACCUUGGCUUUCGUUUCCAAAUUUUUGUCGCCUGUUCCGGGCGCGUUUAUCAGAUUGGUUCAGACAGGGUUGGGGUUCAGACAGGCGCUCAGCGCCGAGCUUUGGGUUCGAAGUUCCAUGGCGGCCCGUGGGCGGCUGGUCGCAUGAGUUUCGGUGUUGUGUUGUCAGUGGUUUCUGUGUUUGCAGGUAGUGGGUAGCCCUCGUGGUCGCCCUUGGCCCGGCGCAACGGCUGGCGCAUCGGUGCCUCGCCUGUGUGCUCCUCGGCGCCUUUCCUCGUGGUGUCCAGUCAGCCGUCGUCUCUGUCUGCGGUCUUCCUGGCUCUGCAGAUUUUAGCCCUGGGGGUUUUAGCUCGCAGCAUACGGUUCACGGACCGGUAGGCGCGUGGUGACCGCAGUCGGGUAGUCCCGGGUUUGGGGUGUGUGUGCACGGGCGGCUGUUGCCCGGGCGCCCGGGCGACUGUUGGCUCUUCUCGUCUCCGAGUGCCGCUGGGGCUUGUGUGGAGGGUCGGCCUGGGUCGUUGGUUGGACGGAUGGUGGGUGGUGCGCCCUUUGCGAGGGGCUGUGGUGUGCUGUGGCUUGGUGGUGUUUCGGCUUGGCUUCCGGUUCCAGUUGUGCCUCGGCACAGACUAUCAGACAUGGGCCUUCGGGCCAAGACAUUGCGCGUCUCUGACGCCAGCCAUCGUCUUCGGACGUGAUAUUUGUGUGGUGCUUGCGUUUGAUGGGGCUGUCGGCAGACCACUGGCCUGUCGUGCCUUGUUUUGCGUUGGCGCUGCCGCCAAAAGACCUAAACGAGAUGAGGGGUGUUACGUGGCGGUGGGGCUUUGGCGGGCUUCGGCUUGGCUUCGACUCAUGCGCGUAACGCUAUGAAGGUCGGCAGUCAACCAGGGGGUGGGUGUUUCUCUCUGGGCCGGAGACGGUCCCUCGCGGCGUGGGUACCGUGUACCCCCGCUUGUCGGACUGUCCCUUCAAUUGUAAUUCGCAUCCAUA